UUAUAGUCGUUUUGUUUCAUUUGUGCCCAGAAUGUAAACAAUAUGGCCGCCAGUGACAUUUGUGACAUAACUAAGGAUGGGAAAGUUUUAGAUUUCUUUCUAAAGGAACUGAUUCAUUUAUCUAUUAAAUUCAUAAGACACAUGUACAAAUAAAACAACUUAUUUUUAAAUUUAAUUGAAUUCGUAGUGGUUCCAAUGCUCAUAGUUCAUUCCACUUACGUGAGUGAAUCAUUCAUUAUAAAAUCAGAUAGGUUUGGAUGAUAAAUUAGUAGGACUGUCAUGACAUGAUUUAUAAUCCCUAGACUUCGAACAGAUUUUAGGUAUAAGGUGCCUAUUUUUUUCUCAUAUUAUAGAACGUAAUGAAUUAUUAAAAUGUAUUUUUUUAUCACAGGGCAUAAUCGUUUUCGAAACAAUCUUCAAAAAAUAUUUAAAAAAUAGCGGAAUGUCUUAUAAAACGUACAUUUGACUCGGACUAAAAAAAAUGUUCAGUGAAUCACACGCAAAAUUAACCUCAGAAAAUUAGUAUAAGUCUAGUUUAUAGCAUUAUUUUUCUGAUUCUUAACGAAUUAUUCUCAUUUUUCAUAAAAACUUUGAACUUUUAAGUUGUACUAUCUUUUCAUUUCAAAAUUUCCUUGGAAUACGAUUUUUUUGUAGUUGACGUACGAUCAUGCCUUUUUUUCAUCUGGCAGCCCUGGGAUAAUUUCGUUUUGUCGCUCGUCUCGUCACUCGUUCCCUGGCUUUUGUCAUGUGUACGCGUUUUCGUGGUUGUUCUGUAGUGUGUUCUUUUUCGUUUGACUUAGCUUUCCCCUGGUAUUCCGAUUUGCAAGUGUAUUGGCUGCUUUUGUUGUGCUACGGACUAACGACUUUGGCUGUCGUUAUUUGGACUCCGACUUUGCUUGUGACUUGGAUACUGUUGACAUUGUGCUACAUAAUCUCUUUUGUGGAAGCCGUUUUCACAAUGGAUGAUCCUACACCGGGACCAUCUCGUGAGAUAGCGCCGCCUCCGCCUAAGAUACGAAAACGCAGUCAAAAUUUAACUGCUAAUGAAAAACUCAUUGCGUUAAAUGUGCAUGCCUACGUCGAAAAAUCUAUGUCCACAUACCCAUUUAAAAGGGAAGUGGAUGAAAUAACUGCAGACAUUAUGAGGACAUCGACAAGGACAAUAAGAAAUAUUAUAAAAGAAAAAAGGACUAUGGGCACGACGUCAUCUCCACAAAAACAUAAAGAUAUUAAAAAAAUUGUGGACAAGUUAGACGAUUUUACACUUUCCGCAAUUAGACUGAAAAUACACCAAUAUUAUUUUGAUGGUGAACUGCCUACAAUUAAGAAAGUUUUGACAGCUGUAAACGAAGAUGACAAUCUACCAAACUUUACUUUAUCGACGAUGUACAAGAUAAUGAAAAAACUGAAUUUUAAAUAUGCGAAAAGAUCAAGAAAAAGUGUCCUGUUAGACAGGCCGGAUCUUCAAGUAUGGCGAAUAAUAUAUAUACACAAAAUAUCUGAUUACAGGAAAGAAAAUAAAAAAAUAUACUAUUUAGAUGAAACUUGGGUCAAUGAAGGCCAUACUGUAGAUCACGUAUGGAUGGACGAUGAUAUUAAAAGCAGUCGCGAUGCGUUUUUAAGAGGGUUAUCGACUGGUUUAAAAAAUCCGGCAAAAGGGAGACGCUUAAUUGUGACCCAUAUAGGUAACGAAAAUGGAUUUUUGGAAGGAGCAGACUGGGUGUUCGAAGCGAAAAAGUCGGAUGGUGAUUACCAUGGAGAAAUGGAUUCUCAUAAUUUCGAAAAAUGGUUUCAAGAAACAUUAGAAAAAAUAGAGCCUGGAUCUGUAAUCGUCAUGGACAACGCGUCAUACCACUCAAGGAAAGUAGAUCUUCUGCCAAACAUGGGCUGGAGGAAGACCGAUAUACAAAACUGGUUGCAAAGCAAAAAUAUUGAUUUCGAAGAAAACGAAAUAAAAGCACAAUUAUUACAAAAAAUAAAUAAAAUGAGAUAUCAACAGAAACAUGUCGAUGAAAUGGCAGCCAAGAAAGAUAUUAUCGUUUUGCGUCUUCCUCCAUACCACUGCGAGCUAAACCCGAUCGAGUUGAUUUGGGCACAAAUGAAAUCUUAUGUUGCCCGAAACAAUAAAAGUUUUAAAAUGGCAGAAGUAAAAAAAUUGCUGAGUGAAAGUAUGGCGCGAAUUGGCAAGGAGCAAUGGACGGCGUGUGUAAACCAUGUUUUAAAAGAAGAAGAGAAAAUGAAACGUUUGGAAGGGCUGAUCGACGACGCGACCGAUGGCGUUACGCCUAAAUUUAUAAUUCAUAUAUCCGAAGACUCAUCUUCGCAUUCAGAGUCUUUUGAUGAUGACUCCGAUAAAGAAAAUUAAGUUCACUUCUCAUCAAAGAAGUCGAAACACUUCAGAAUUUAAACAAAAAAAGAGAAUUAAUUCAAUAAAAAAAUAGCAUAAUUUUGUAACUGGCAGUUUGGUCUUUACAAUGGUGUACGAAAAUUCUAAAUUCAAAAUUAGAUUUUCAAUUGUAAUCCGAUAAACAAAUUUUAAUAUUGAUUUAAUACAAAAGGGUUAUUUUUUAUCACACAACACAAAGCACGAAAUACCAGAAAAACAUAUUUACAGACAAGCGUCAAUUUUUAGUUUUUGCACCAUAAAUGUAAUGUACCCAAAACUCUAAAGACCCAUUUGUAUCAAAACAAUGUUUUAAUUUGUUAAUCGGAUAAACAAUUGAAAAUCUAAUUUUGAAUUUGGAAUUUAUGUACACCAUUGUAAAGACCUAACUGCCAGUUACACAAUUAUGCAAUUUUUUUAAUAGAAUUAAUUCUCUUUUUUGUUUAAUGACCACGAGAAAGAAAAUUCGGAAGUCUUUCGAUUUUUUAAUGAGAAGUCUAGUUUUAAUAUUCUCAAUCUAUAUAAAGCUGUAUCUACUCAUAAAUUACACGAGUGUAAUAAAUUUAAUUAUAAUUAAGAAAGUUGUUUUACUUUUACAUGUCCAUUAUCUACAUUUAAUAAGAAGCCCGUUAUUUUUCUACUAAAAAUGCAAUUUCAUGACGAAGGCGUAUAUCGGGAUCAAAUCAAAUGAUAUAAUUAGCGUUCCUAUCCAUACGUUCUUCAUUGUGUUCUGAUUUAUUUAGAAAGAAAAGUAGACGCCGCGCCUUAUAAAAUCUGUUUAAAAGUCUACCUAACAUGUCAGUCCUAUAAAUUUAUCAUCCACAACACCAAUCUGAAUAUAAUGAAUGACUCACUCAAUUUUGUGAUAUGAACUAUGAGCUAAAUGCAUUGAAAGCGCUACGAAUACGAUAAAAUUUAAAAAAAAAACGCUUGACAGAUAACCUCACUUUUCUAGUGUUCCGAAAAAAAUCAUUAAUUUGGUGUAAUUUUGUGAAUAUUUCAUAGUUUUUGCGUGUGCCCGUAAAAUAUUGUUUAUUUUAUAGCUAUAUAUGUCAGGUUAGCCGCGAAAAAGUAAAAAGAUUGGGAGAUUUCAGUGAUUUUGUUGUUUGUUUACAUUCUGGGCACAAAUGAAACAAAACGACUAU